GCGCGAGAGUGAGACGGCGGCGGCGGCGGCGUGCGCUUUGCGUUCUGGUCAGUCAGCGUAUACCACCGGUGGUAGCGGCGGCUUCGGCGGCGGCGGUUACAGUCGGUGUGUCGUCGUCGUGAACGUGCGUAUAUAUUAUAAUAUUAUCAUUAUAAUAUCGUCGCCGUGUCGUAUACCUAUUGUGUUUACAUGACAAUAUAAUAAUAUUUAUACGACGUGCCACUAUACCAUAAGCACUGCGCCACCGCGACAGUCUUCGUCAUCACUGCACGCGAUCACAGUAUCACGUCAUCGCUGUAUUAUUAAUAAUAUUUGCGUGGUGCGUAUUGGUGAACGCGCGUGUCUCGAAAGCAGAGUAGAGACUCGUGUCUGCGACUAAAAAGUCGUCUUCGUCGUCCCCGAAAACUACAAAUCUCGCACGGCGAUGGACCAGGUGGUUGACCUGAACGUCGGCGGCGUGUUCUACACGACGGCCGCGUCCACGCUGGUGCAGGCACAACCGUCGCUGCUGGCCGACCGGUUCAGCGGCCGGCUAGACCCGCUGCCCAAGGACAGCAAGGGCCGGUACUUCAUCGACCGGGACGGCGUGCUGUUCCGGUACGUGUUGGACUUCCUGCGGGACGGCAAGCUGUCGCUGCCCGAGAGCUUCCGGGAGAAGGAGCGGCUCCGGCUGGAGGCGGCCUACUACCGGCUGGACGGCCUUACCGAGCGGCUCCGCGAACAGAGGCCCGGCUACAUCACGGUCGGCUACCGUGGCACGUUCGCCUUCGGCCGGGACGGGCUGUCCGACGUCAACUUCCGCAAGAUUCCCCGGAUAUUGAUAUGUGGCCGCGUGGCCUUGUGCCGCGACGUGUUUGGCGACUCGCUCAACGAGAGCAGGGACCCGGACCACGGCGACACGGAUCGGUACACGGCCAGGUUCUUUCUGAAACACACGUCUAUCGAACAGGCGUUCGACAUGCUCCAAGACCAAGGGUUCUACAUGGCCGGAAGUUGUGGAUCGGGCACGGCCGGCGGCACGUCCGCCGCCGAACUCAAGCCGGGCGUGGACUCGGAGGAAUGCCGCUGGAAUCAUUACAACGAGUUCGUGUUCGUCAGAGAUUCAUGAAUUUCGACCACCGACGCCGUCACCGAGACGAGACGAGAUGACGAGGGUAACGCCCGCCCAUCGUCAUAUCAUUCAUAAUUUAUGACAUCUCUCAGACCAAACAUAUUAUUAUUAUUAUUAUUAUCAUCAUUAUUAUUAUUAUUAUUAUUAUAAUACUAUUUUGUAGAUAAUAUUAUUAUUA